AUGAUACUGGCCAACGCCACCAUCUACACGGCUGACCCCGCGCGCCCUUUCGGCGCCGCCAUGGCCGUACGCGGCGGCCGCGUGCUCCACGUCGGCACCUACGACUCCGUUAAGGAAUUCAGGGGGAAGCACACGUAUGAGCUGAAUCUUAGCGGGAAUGUUGUUCUACCGGGAUUUAUCGACUCCCAUGUGCACCUAAUCGAUGGUGGCUUGCAGUUGGCGAGGGUGCCACUCCGAGGGGUUAGAAGCAAAGAUGUCUUCAUCAGCAGGGUGAAGGACGCCGUCAGAGAUAAGCAUCCUGGGCAGUGGGUGCGAGGAGGAGGUUGGAACAAUGAUUUUUGGGGUGGUGAUUUUCCCAUUGCUGCUUGGUUAGAUGAUAUAUCUCCUGAUAAUCCGGUGUGGCUCACACGCAUGGAUGGGCAUAUGGGAGUAGCUAAUUCGUUGGCUAUCAAGAUUGCUGGGAUUGACAACAACACAAAUGAUCCAGUUGGUGGAACUAUUGUAAGAACAACUGAAAGAGAGCCCAAUGGUCUUCUAGUUGAUGCUGCUAUGAAGCUUGUAUUGGAUGUGAUUCCAGAUGUCUCUUUAACUGAAAGAAGAGAGUCUCUCCUCAGAGCAAGUAGACACGCCCUAAUGAGGGGGGUGACUACUGUUGUUGAUGUUGGAAGUUACUUCCCUGGAAUGUCGGAAAAGCAACCUUGGCAAGAUUUUUCAGAUAUCUAUGAAUGGGCUCAAUCCAUGGGAAAGAUGAUGAUCAGAGUCUGCUUAUUUUUCCCAUUGCCCACAUGGUCUCGUGUUUCUGAUCUAAUCCAUAAAAAAGGCCGAUUGAUAAGCGAAUGGAUUCAUGUAGGUGGUGUUAAAGCUUUUCUUGAUGGUUCCCUGGGUUCCUCAAGCGCACUAUUCUAUGAGCCUUAUAAGGAUGACCCCGGCAGUUUUGGUCUCCAGUUGAUAGAUAUGGAUGUUCUGCUCAAUGCAACAUUGGAAUCAGACAAAUCAGGACUUCAGGUUGCCAUACAUGCAAUUGGCGAUAAAGCUAACGAUAUGCUGUUGGAUAUGCUUGAUGAGAUUGUUAAUUUGAAUGGAGUGAGGGACCGCAGGUUCCGGGUUGAGCAUGCUCAGCAUCUGGCCCCAAGUGCGGCAAAGCGCUUUGGAGAACAUAAUACUAUUGCAUCCGUGCAGCCAGAUCAUUUGUUGGAUGAUGCAGACUCUGCUGGAAAGAAGAUCGGGGUAGAACGAGCUGAGCGGAGUUCUUAUUUGUUUCGAUCACUGUCAGCUGGUGGUGCACAUCUGGCUUUUGGCUCCGACUGGCCUGUUUCAGAUAUCAAUCCAUUACAAGCCAUUAAAACUGCAAUGUUCCGUAAGCCACCUGGAUGGGAGGUACCUUGGAUCUCGACAGAAUGCUUGCCCCUAGAUGACUCCUUGAAAGCGCAUACCAUAUCUGCUGCCCACGCCUGCUUCCUCGACCCUGUUCUGGGCAGCCUCGCCGAAGGGAAACAUGCCGAUUUCGUGGUCCUGCCGUCCACCUCGUGGAAGGAGUUCGCCGACGAUAUACCGGGGCAUGUCCUGGCGACGUACGUGAACGGCAAGAAAGCAUAUCCGUGAUCCCGUUUGAGACGACAUACGGUGCCCGAUCCGGGUCAGGGCCAGGGCGCAGGGCAGAUUCAGAUAAUAUGUUGAAAAGGUCAAGGAAAUGCGCAUGCACAGAGACAUAUAGAAGUAGAAAAUUUAUUGUUCUGGAACACUGAUGGUGACAAAUCUAUCAGUGUCUAGUGAUGUCAUUUUCAUGCAAGGAAUCGAUUGAAUAGUAUUAGUUCUGCACGGUUAAUCGAACUUGUGGCUAGCAGACUGGUGCCACGGUCUGAUCCACGCUCGAUUUAUGUACCGUUGAACACUUUCUCCAGCUAAUUUCAGCCAGUCCACAGCACUUUUGGCCCGGUUUGAA